AUGCCAAUUUUCAUUUUCAGUUAUCAAAUCAGCUAUAAUUUGGAAAAAGAACCUGGUCAGAUUACAGGAGCCUGGGAAGAUUUUAAAAAUAAAGAAAAUAAUUUUAUUAAAGGAUGUAAAUGGUCACCAGAUGGAAGUUGUUUAUUAACUAAUAGUGAUGAUAAUAUACUAAGAUUAUUCAAUACACCACCACAGAUAUAUGAUGGUUCUUUAUUAGAUGUUCCUGAAAUGAAAAAUGUUUUGAAGAUGAAAGUUGGAGAAACUAUAUAUGAUUAUUCUUGGUAUCCAUUAAUGAACUCCUCAGACCCAGAAUCAUGCUGUUUGAUCAGUACUAGUAGAUGUAUGCCAGUUCAUAUGUGGGAUGCUUUUACUGGAGAUUUAAUAUGUAGUUAUAAAUCUUAUGACCAGGCUGAUGAAAUGGUAGCUGCUCACAGUGUAGCGUUUAAUAAUGAAGGUAACAAGAUAUAUUGUGGUUUUACUAAAACUAUCAGAGUGUUUGAUGUCAGCAGACCAGGAAGAAAUUUUGAAAACAGAAAAACAUUUGUGAAAUCUGUUGGUCAACCAGGAAUAAUAUCAUGUAUAAAGUUUUGUCCAGUAGAUAGUAGUUUAUAUGCUGCUGGCUCUUAUUCUAGAACAAUUGCUUUAUAUUAUGAACCUCAAGGAGAACUAGCCUGUAGUUUUACUGGACAUCAAGGUGGUGUUACUCAUAUAUUAUGGUCACCAGAUGGUACUAAAUUAUACAGUGGUGCCAGAAAGGAUGGUGAAAUAAUUUGUUGGGAUUUACGGAAUCCCAGUAAAAUUUUAUUUACAGUAAAUAGACAAGUUGAAACUAAUCAAAGAAUAUAUUUUGAUCUCGACAGUUCUGGAAGAUAUUUAAUAUCUGGUAAUCAUGAUGGUACAAUCAGUGUAUGGGAUGUUUUACAAUUAGAAGAUACACGACCUAAAGCAAUAUUAUCUUACAAAGGCCAUUAUGAUACAGUUAAUGGUGUUAGUUUGCACCCCUAUUUACCUGUAGUAGCUACAUCAUCAGGACAGAGACAUUAUCCAGUGUUAGGUGAUAGUGAUGAUAGUGAUACAGAAGACUUGUCUCAGACCACAGAUCUAGUGGAUAAUAGCAUUGGAUUAUGGUGGCUUGCCUCUUAG